GCCAUGGCGACGCGAGGGUAUAAAGCCGCCGAGCCGCCGCGCGCCCCCCGAGUUCUCUUACAGCGACCCCCUAAGAGUCGCGCGGUAAGAAAGCGGCCAGCGCCCAGCAGCCAGCAUGCGUGAGUGCAUCUCUAUCCACGUCGGCCAGGCUGGUGUCCAGAUCGGCAAUGCCUGCUGGGAGCUCUACUGCCUGGAACAUGGGAUCCAGCCUGAUGGCCAGAUGCCCAGUGACAAGACCAUCGGUGGAGGAGACGACUCCUUCAACACCUUCUUCAGUGAGACGGGCGCUGGCAAGCACGUCCCCAGAGCCGUCUUUGUGGACUUGGAGCCAACGGUCAUAGAUGAAGUGCGCACCGGGACCUACCGCCAGCUCUUCCAUCCCGAGCAGCUCAUCACCGGCAAGGAAGAUGCUGCCAACAACUAUGCCCGUGGGCACUACACCAUUGGGAAAGAAAUCAUCGACCUGGUUCUCGACAGGAUCCGUAAAUUGGCUGACCAGUGCACAGGUCUCCAGGGUUUCCUGGUCUUCCACAGCUUUGGAGGUGGCACUGGUUCUGGUUUCACCUCCCUGCUGAUGGAGCGUCUGUCUGUUGACUAUGGCAAGAAGUCCAAGCUGGAGUUCUCCAUCUACCCUGCUCCUCAGGUCUCCACUGCAGUGGUGGAGCCCUACAACUCCAUCCUGACCACCCACACCACCCUAGAGCACUCGGACUGUGCCUUCAUGGUAGACAACGAGGCCAUCUAUGACAUCUGCCGCAGGAACCUGGACAUCGAGCGCCCCACUUACACCAACCUGAACCGGUUGAUAGGCCAGAUUGUGUCUUCCAUCACCGCCUCCCUCCGAUUUGAUGGUGCCCUGAAUGUAGAUCUGACAGAGUUCCAGACCAACUUGGUGCCCUAUCCCCGUAUCCAUUUCCCUCUGGCCACCUAUGCCCCGGUCAUCUCUGCUGAGAAAGCUUACCACGAGCAGCUUUCUGUAGCAGAGAUCACAAACGCUUGCUUUGAGCCAGCCAACCAGAUGGUGAAAUGUGACCCUCGCCACGGGAAAUACAUGGCCUGUUGCCUGUUGUACCGUGGGGACGUGGUUCCCAAAGACGUCAAUGCUGCUAUUGCCACCAUCAAAACCAAGCGCACUAUCCAGUUUGUGGACUGGUGCCCAACUGGCUUCAAGGUUGGUAUCAACUACCAGCCUCCCACUGUGGUUCCUGGCGGUGACCUGGCCAAGGUGCAGCGGGCCGUGUGCAUGCUGAGCAACACCACAGCCAUAGCUGAGGCCUGGGCUCGUCUGGACCACAAGUUUGACCUGAUGUAUGCCAAGCGUGCCUUUGUUCACUGGUACGUAGGGGAGGGGAUGGAGGAAGGCGAGUUCUCGGAGGCGCGGGAGGACAUGGCUGCCCUAGAGAAGGAUUACGAAGAGGUUGGUGUGGAUUCUGUUGAAGGGGAGGGUGAAGAGGAAGGGGAGGAAUACUAAAGUAAAAUGUCACAACGGUGCUGCUCUUACAGGGAGCUUAAACUAUUCUAAACAUUCAAAAUGUUUGGUCCGAUCAGUUUAUUUGUAUGUAGCAGUGUAUGCCCAAGUGUGUGUGUGUUGUCUGGUAACUGAUCUGUGCUUAAAAUCAUGGAAGUUUUUGGUACAGACCCAAACCGUCCACUUCUCCUGUGGGUUUGUGAAUAAAAAAGCAUUCCCUGUCUUA